AUGGGUUACGAAGACUCCGUAUACCUGGCCAAGCUGGCCGAGCAGGCCGAGCGCUAUGAGGAGAUGGUUGAGAACAUGAAGGCCGUUGCCUCUGCGGACCAGGAACUCUCCGUCGAGGAGCGAAAUCUCCUUUCCGUUGCCUACAAGAACGUCAUCGGUGCUCGCCGCGCGUCCUGGAGAAUCGUCACCUCCAUCGAGCAGAAGGAGGAGUCCAAGGGCAACGAGGCCCAGGUCGGCCUUAUCAAGGAGUACCGCCAGAAGAUCGAGGCCGAGUUGGCCAAGAUCUGCGAGGACAUUCUCGAGUGCCUUGAUGGCCACUUGAUCCCCUCUGCUGAGAGCGGCGAGUCCAAGGUCUUCUACCACAAGAUGAAGGGUGACUACCACCGCUACCUUGCCGAGUUCGCUGUUGGCGACAAGCGCAAGACCUCUGCCGACAAGUCACUUGAGGCUUACAAGGCCGCCACCGAGGUUGCCGCCUCCAGCCUGGCCCCAACUCACCCCAUUCGUCUCGGACUUGCCCUCAACUUCUCCGUUUUCUACUACGAGAUCCUCAACUCGCCCGACCAGGCUUGCCAAUUGGCCAAGCAGGCUUUCGACGAUGCCAUUGCUGAGCUCGACACCCUGUCUGAGGAGAGCUACAAGGACUCUACCCUCAUCAUGCAGCUCCUCAGGGACAACCUGACCCUCUGGACAUCGUCCGAGGCCGAGCCCUCUGGUGACGCCCCUGCCGCCGAGCCCGCUACCGAUGCGCCCAAGGCUGAGAGCAGCGAGGCUCCCGCUGAAGCCAAGGCAUAA